AUGAAUCUUCUACUCGUACUCCUGCUUUCCGCAACCGGGACCCUCGCGCAAAUCGCCGCGAUUCCCAAAUGUGCGCAAGCAUGUUUCGCGCAAGCCGUUAACUAUGCAGGAUGCGUUACCAUCGACGAUGUCAUGGAUCCGACUUGCGCAUGCGAGAGUUACACACUGAAAAAUUCCUUUGGAGGGCACGAUACCGGCGUCUCGUAUGCCCGAGAUCUAUGCCGUGUAAAGGCGAGGUGCAGUUCUUCAGACUGGUCGGAAUUUUCUGAGGCGCUGAAUAACCUCUGCUAUAAUAAAGAUGCAUCCCCCAAGUACAACUGUGGGAUCAUUCCAGGAGACCCUGUUCCCCCUACAAUCUCGGUCAAACCUACGGGACAGAACACGAUUACUGUUUCGUUGAACCCUACGUCCACAGAUACAAUGACGUUGGAUGCAUACCCGCGAUACACGACUAUAAUGACUACAUCCACGCUGUAUACUACUAAGACCAUAACGACAACUAAUGGAAAUGGGCAAGCUAAUACCAUGAACUUAGUUGCGGAACUCUAUGUCGCCGUCUGUCCCACAAGGGUAGUAGUAGGAGCUCCCAUCGGCGACUCCACCCAGAGCGCAUUCCGUCAAGGAACCCCAGCCACCUCCUCCCCCGACUCCAAUAGUCUCUUUGCGAAGCUCACGGCAGCUGAGGCAUCAGCUUCAUCCGUAGCUGCAACAAAAACUACAGCGGGCCUUGGUCCCACCCAGACUGGUGCGACUACGCUGACUACUGGGAGUUCGCAAGCAGGAAAUUCUACGGGAACAGGUUCAGGUGCUGGCGCGAGUGCAACGAAGUCCGCGGGGGCGGAGAGGGUUGCUGGUGUGGCGGGUCUAAGCUCGUUGGGGGCUGCUCUUGUGGGAGUGCUGGCUAAUUUCCUCUAA